UCCCGAAGCGUUGACGGAUUUACUGUGAGCUCCAGAUCUGUUACUGCAGUCAGAGUAAGCUAUUCCCAGAAAACAGAGCUAUUGCGUUAAUUCUACAUAAUAAGACUUACGGAAUUGAACUUGACAAUGUCUCUUAAGGCAGAGUUUGAGCUAGUAGCAACAGAUGUGAAGAAAGUUAAGACCAGACCUUCAGACCAGGAGCUGUUGGACAUAUAUGGUCUGUAUAAGCAGGCCAUUGUUGGAGACAUAAACAUUGACAAACCAGGCUUAUUGGACAUGAAAGCAAAAGCCAAGUGGGAGGCCUGGGAUUCUAGAACAGGCAUGUCCAAGGAAGAUGCAAUGACAGCCUAUAUAACACUUGCGAAAGAGAUCAUCAACAAAUACGGGAUGUGAUGAAAAGUGAAAUGUGAUAAAGUGUCAGAUGUGACUAUAACAGGCUACUAGAAUGAUUAAAGCAAUAGCUUAUGGGUGUAAGCCAUAAAUUAUGGAAAAGAACUGCGCAAAAUGAUAUCUUACCGUGAUUCCUUUUUCAUUUUUAGAUGAAAAUUUUAUUAGAUUUUUAAUAAUUGCUUUUUAAAAUUAAAUCCCUAUGCACUUUUUAUGUUGGAUUUAUGAUUAAUCUUUUUUAAAUAAUGCUCUGUAUUAUUUGUAGAUAUGAUAAUAAAUAAUAUUACAUUUAUCUGGUCUUGUCUCAGCCAACAAACAAUUGAGAUAUUAACACUCAGAGUGGUUCAUUACCAAUGCAAGAGCUCAUUAAGCAUACAAUAAAAUUGACAAUAAUUAAGUAAUGUUUACACACGGACACACCAUGUUUCAAUUACUUUUCUGGAUUCAUAUUAAUGCAUUAUUUUGAAAAGAAACCGAGCAGAGGCGUCGCUAGAAUCUCAAUACAUUAAGGCAGGGGUGUCCACGGAAGGCCGAGUGUCUGCAGGUCUUUGGGUUUUCCUUUAAAUUG